AUGUCGACACUGCACCACGCAAAAAAUAAACGGCUUAUGAAGAACGCGCAAGAAAUCCCAUUCAGUUACGUAUUAGGAUGGCAACAGCCAACAGGACCUGUUUGUGUUGAGUACUUGCCCGACCUACCCCACCACCUUCCAGCCACAGAUGCUUUCCUCUCUCCAGCUGAUCGUAAAACUCUCUAA